UUUACUCAUGAGGACCAUUUUAAGAAUGAUUCUUCAAAGCAUCUUAGACACCUCAAAAGAGAAAAUUUGGCAACCAGAGAGGACUGGCCUGAAGCAGAGAACUAAAAAGCUAGUCAGAAUACUGAAAAAAAAGAUGAUAUUAACUGUGUUCCUGAGCAACAACGAACAGAUUUUGACUGAAGUGCCAAUUACGCCUGAAACAACGUGUCGAGAUGUGGUGGAAUUCUGCAAAGAACCCGGCGAAGGCAGUUGCCAUCUUUCUGAAGUCUGGCGUGGAAAUGAACGGCCCAUUCCGUUUGAUCACAUGAUGUAUGACCAUCUACAAAAGUGGGGACCUCGCAGGGAGGAGGUGAAAUUUUUUCUUCGACAUGAAGAAUCUCCAACAGAAAGCAGUGAACAGGGCCGCCAGACUCAGAAUCAGAGGAAUGGAGUUAAUAUACCUGUGGAGAAACGUACUGAAAAUGGGGUUGGGAAUCCGCGCGUCGAACUCACCCUGUCUGAACUCCAGGACAUGGCCGCCAGGCAACAGCAGCAGAUCGAAAAUCAGCAGCAAAUGUUGGUGGCCAAGGAACAACGUCUACGUUAUCUCAAGCAGCAAGAACGCCGUCAGCAGCAGUCUGUUUCUGAGAGUGAAAAGCUUCAAAAACUGAAGGAGCGAGUGGAGACCCAGGAGACAAAGUUGAAAAAAAUCCGUGCCAUGAGAGGGCAAGUGGAUUACAGCAAGAUCAUGAACGGCAAUUUGUCUACCGAGAUAGAGCAUAUCAGUGCCAUGUUCCAGGAAAAGCAGCAGGAGUUACAAGCGGCAGUAUUAAAAGUAGACCAGCUCACUCAACAGCUAGAAGACUUGAGAAAAGGGAAGUUGAACGGAUUCCAGUCCUACAAUGGACAAAUGACGGGGCCUGCAGCUGUAGAAUUAAAGAAAUUGUACCAAGAGCUACAGAUUCGUAACAGGCUUAACCAGGAACAGAACACCAAACUUCAGCAGCAGAAGGAGCUUCUGAACAAACGCAACAUGGAGGUGGCCAUGAUGGAUAAGCGCAUCAGCGAGCUGCGUGAGCGCCUGUACAAGAAAAAAGUUGAGGCACGUCAAAAAGAAAACAUCCCUUUGAAUCGGAUCAACGGAACAUCAUCUCCUCAGUCUUCCUUGAGCGCUUCAGGCAGAGUCGCAGCGGUGGGGCCCUACAUUCAGGUUCCCAGCUCUGGCAGUUACCCUGUGCCAUUGGACCCUGUGAAGCCACAGUCUCUCACCAUCACGACUACCGGGACUCAUGGAAGAUCCAAAUCUGCAAACGAUGGGAACUGGCCAGCACUUAAACAGAACUCGGCCCCUGUGGUGAAGCCCCCCCAAAUCUCCAACGCAGACUGGAAGGAAUCAAACAUGGAUGCUGCUUUGAAGCAAGGAACCAUUUCCAGUCAGCCUGUGUCUUCUUCAGUAUUAGGGAGUACCGACAAGCUGGGCCUUGAUAUGGGGAAGGUGCCGCCAACCAUCCCUGGCAUAAGCAAGCCGGUGCCGCAAAACUAUGGGACCUAUCCGAGUGCUGCUCCUUUAGGCACAGGUUCUACCAAUUCCUUGGAAAGACGAAAGGACGGCAGCCUACCAAGACCUGGUUCUACAGCAACAAACAGGCAAAGACCUGUCCCGUUACCACCAGCAAGCAGCAUUCAUCAGCCGAGCUCUUCCCAACAAAUACAGCAGAGGAUAUCUGUGCCUCCUAGUCCCACAUAUCAACCUUCUGGUGCCCCCUUAUUUCCAGGUGGAGACGGCAGGCCUGACCUCCCCUUAACCGUGGCCAUCAGGCCUUUCUUGGCUGACAAAGGUUCAAGGCCCCAGUCUCCCAGGAAGGGGCCACAGACUGUGAACUCUAGCUCCAUCUACUCAAUGUACCUUCAGCAAGUGACGCCGCCAAAGAACUACCAGCAGGCCGUAUACAAUACCCUCAACAAGUCCGUUAAAGCAGUUUACGGGAAGCCCGUUGUACAGUCUGGUUCGACUUCUCCUUCGCCGUUGCCAUUCCUUCACGGGUCUUUACCAGGAAACGUGUCACAGCCUCUGACCCUGAGUGAUGGUAGCGAAAAAGAGCAGGAGAUGGAGAACGUCCCACCCUCUGGAGAUAACAGCAAUGUAGAAAACAUCCCCCGCCCCCUCAGCCCCACCAAACUGACCCCCAUCGUCCACUCCCCGCUUCGCUACCAAAGCGACGCUGACCUGGAGGCUCUGCGGAGGAAACUCGCCAACGCUCCCCGGCCUCUGAAAAAGCGAAGCUCCAUCACUGAACCGGAAGGCCCCAGCGGACCAAAUAUCCAGAAGCUCCUCUAUCAGCGCUUCAACACCCUGGCAGGGGGGAUCGAAGGGGCCCCUUUCUAUCAGCCUGGCAACUCGCAGGACUUCAUAGGCACGCUGGCAGACGUCGAUAAUGGGAACGCCAACACCAACGGCAACAUUGAGGAGCCCGUUCCUGUGCCACCCACGGCUCCUCUCCCCGACGAGCAAUCGUCCGAUGCCAACGACAAUGAACUCCCUUGCCUUGCGACGGAGGAACUGAUCAGUGCAGAAAUCACAGCUCCGAUGCCCGAAACAACGGAGGACGAUAACAACAACAAUCCUGCCGUAGCCCCUCCUGUUGAGCGCCCCCCGAGUCCCACUCCAGAGGGCAACACCCCAGUGGAAGAAGUGCAGUUGCCCCCCGCUCCUCCUCCUCCUCUGCUUCCUGCCAAGCGGACCAACCUGAAGAAACCCAACUCUGAGAGAACCGGUCACAGUUUGAGGGUCAAGUUCAACCCGCUGGCCCUCUUGCUGGACGCCUCGCUGGAAGGAGAGUUUGACUUGGUGCAAAGGAUCAUCUACGAGGUGGACGACCCUAGCAAGCCUAACGAUGAAGGAAUCACUCCUCUGCACAACGCCGUGUGUGCCGGCCAUCACCACAUAGUGAAGUUCCUGCUGGAUUUCGGGGUCAAUGUGAACGCGGCUGACAGCGACGGAUGGACGCCUUUGCACUGCGCGGCAUCUUGCAACAGCGUUCACCUCUGUAAGCUGCUCGUUGAAUCCGGAGCGGCAAUUUUUGCUUCAACUAUAAGCGACAUAGAAACAGCGGCAGACAAGUGUGAGGAGAUGGAAGAGGGUUACAUUCAGUGUUCCCAGUUUCUGUACGGUGUACAAGAGAAGCUGGGAGUGAUGAACAAAGGGGUAGUGUAUGCACUGUGGGAUUACGACGCUCAGAACAACGACGAGUUGUCAUUCCACGAAGGAGAUGCAGUUACCAUUCUAAGACGCAAAGACGAUAACGAGACGGACUGGUGGUGGGCUCGGCUGAAUGACAAAGAAGGCUAUGUGCCUAAAAAUCUCUUGGGGUUAUACCCAAGAAUCAAACCUAGGCAACGAACACUUGCCUGAAUUCUACCUUCGGCAGUGCAAUAUCUUGCUGGCAACUGGAAGAUGAAAAGUAUACACUGGAGAACAUUUUCAAUCACAUUUCACCAGGAGAAAAUAAAGCUACACUUGUUUUAAAUGGUGUUCUUGUUAAUAUAAUUGACAGCAUUUGAAGUUUUCAAUCUGCAGUUUGUAAAGUGAGGUCUGCUCUAUGUUAACUCACCCACUAUUUGGGGGAGGUACUCAACACAGCCUACAGUACUUCCUUUUUUCCAGUCGAAUUAAAGAGAACAAACUUACUUGUGCUAAAUGUUAAAAAAAAAAAAACUUUGCAAAAUGCAGAUAUGCUGUCUGGUCCAUUCUAGUCCACAGUAACCAUCCUGACAUGUCAAGACCGUUAACUAUUCAAGCUGUCAGCUGAAUGUUGAGUUUACUGCGUAAAUCCUUAAAAGAUCUUGGUGAGAGUUGACCGCUGGGAGUCGCCAACAGCCCUCUAGUAUCAAGACAUUAUUGACAAAACAGAGAAGCAUCAACGCUGAAUGGAUUUUUUUUGCACACUUCUCAAAACCGCACUUCUUCCUUCACUUGAUGUU